CUUCCCUACCCUCUUUUUAAGUGCGAGAGGUUUUUCAAUGGUAAGACGUCAAAGUUUUAUGUAGGCCUAGGCCCAGGCGACGUCGCUGUUCACGGAAGAAUUCGCAUAGAGCAUAGGAGUGUGCAGGGGGAAGUUUGAGGCAAAGACGAGAAGGAGAUAUAUUUCUUUCUUUCAAAGCGAAGCGACAUAUUGAAAUCGUGAUUCCUUGAAGGAUAGUUUGGCUACGCCCUGUCUCGUCACUGGACUAGCUGUUCGAUAGGCUUACAGUAGUUUAGAGUGAUGGGUCGGCAAUAUGCAGACGACAGCGUCAGUUUUGGUUCACUCCAGGAGCUUAGCGACAGCAGGUCAAAUGAUUCAUCGCCACCAGUGCUGGCCACAGUCUGCAGGAACACCUUAGCCCAGGAGGAGGUGCUGGACCAUGUUACGAAAUACAAGUGUUGUCCACCAGCUUUCUUCAUGAUUGCUAUCACAAUAGCACAGCGUCUCUAGGUCACAGUGUCUGUGAUCGUUAUUAUGGUCUGGCUGGGGCGGCCGGCGGAUGUUACGCUGUGCUUGCUGCUCAUGUUUUAUCCAUGAUAAUGAACUGGAAGAACCUGAAUAACAACAAGAAAGAGUCGGGUGCGAAACGGAUCCUGUGUAGCGUCACACUCAGAAUUAUCAUCAUCCUGAUCCUCGUGGCGGCACAGAUUGCCCUAGCUGUGUACAGAAGAUGGGGUGUGGAUGACCCAAAGGUCGGCAUCGCAGCCCAUGUGGGUGGCAUCGUCACAGGUAAGUGGGUUUUGGGCUAGAAGUCCUUUUUGUUGAAGUUUUGUUUAUUUGUUUAUCUGUUUGUUUGUUUUGUAUUUUGUGUGUUUUAUUUUGCAGCGACAGUGGUUUAGUAAUUCGGUUGCUGGGCUCGCGUCCGAAUGGCUGUGGGUGCGAAACCCCAGAGGCCCUAUGUUGUGUCUUUGAGAAAUACUCUUUACAUGAAUUUUCUUCACUUCACCCAGGUGUGAAUGGGUAAGUGGCUAUGGACCGCGAAAGAUCUAUUUUCAGUUUGUUAGUGAAUGAGCGCUUAGUCGUCUGGUUGCACUGUAUGUUUUCAAGGAAGCCCAAAAUGUUUCUGAAUAUUUUAGGGUCUACAGCGGUAAUACCAUAGAUUGCAAAAGCAUAGCUUUCUGUUGAGUGUGGGGUAUGCGCUAUACAAAUGCUGUUUAUCAUUUUGAUUAAAUCCCUCAGAAUCUGAGCCAGUGAUUUGGAAUGAACUGGGGCAUGAAAGGAGUAGUUACAAACUAAUGGAAACCUUCUAUUAGGCAACAUGCAAUUGAGGAGAAUUUCCACUCAUCACACUGCUGCGAGUAUGCAAAUGAGGCAAUUUUCCUCCUCUUUGUUUCUCUUCAUCUCCAAGUGACAUUCUUCGCAGCCAUGGGAUAGUGGAAAUUUUGCUAGUGUACACAGAGACUUCCAGUGUUCAUGCAAUGACUCUUUUACUCACUCUAAGCACCAUCUGUGGACAGUGAGGGCAGAAGAAAAAUAUUCCACACAAGAGACGAAUAAUCACUUUUGGCCUCCCUCAGAAGUUUACAAUCAUGGCUUAAUAUCAUACCCAUACUAUCG